CACAAAGAAAGGUAUCCAACUAUCAACAAAAUAAAAAUGAUUGUAAUGUAUUCAACAAUACCUCCUACAACCCUAUUAAUCUUUUUUGUCAAUUCAAGCAUUCAUAGAUGCAUUCUGCAAGAUAAAGAAAACCCAGAUAAAGAAUUAACCAAACAAGGGAAAAAAAGAAACCAGAAUUUUGUAAACUCUAAUUAAAAGAGGAAAAAGACCCGUUCUUUACAUUAGAAAUACCAUAGUUUUAAUGUCUUAUGAAUAUAAUACAAUAUACUCAGGACUUUGAUCAGCGAGAUGUGAUGAUAACAAUAUACUCAGGACUUUGAUCAGAGAGAUGUGAUGAUAACAAUAAGAGUGAAGAAUUGUGAUUGGUUGGUGGGCAGUUGGUCCCGCGCUUUUCCUUUGACUUCACUUAUAAACUUCUUCUUCUUCUUCUUCUUCUUCUUCUUCUUCAAACACUUCCAAAACAUUUCGGUUUUGGGUUGUGUAUAUAUAAUGAGGCGGCGGCUAUCUUGCUGCUUCACCCGUCGAGAUUUGAAGGUCGUUUCUGAAGACAGUUCUUCACAGAGUUCAGAAGAGAAAAUGGACAAUCCGUCAAAGAUGACCAACAAUGGCAGUCAUGGGAUUCAAUUCGAGAAUUCGGAUGAGAACUUAAGGACUACGAGGAGCAGUUCUACUAACAAUGUCAUCAACAACCAUAACUUCACUGCAGGACUAGAUUCAUGGCAUCCUAAUUGUUGCGAAGCCUAUGUGUUCUCACCUGAUUCUGCUUGCAUUCAAGGGGAACUUGGUGGUCAUCAUGCAGUUAUCACGAACCGCGAGGAAACUUGGCAAGGAUUGGAGCAAGAUAUCACCAGCCGAGUCUCUACAGGUUCCACUUAUACGGUAGCUGCACAUGUCAGUAUAUCAGGUGCACUUCAGGGUUCUGCCGAUGUCCAGGCAACACUUAAGCUGGAAUACCCCAAUUCUCCUACUAGUUAUGUCUUCAUUGGGAGGAGGUCUGUUUCAGAGAAGUGCUGGGAAAUGCUUGAAGGCACAUUCUCAUUGUCAAAUAUGCCUGAAAGGGUGGUAUUUUAUCUGGAAGGACCUUCACCAGGGGUGGAAUUACUUAUAAAAUCAGUAGUAAUCUCUUGUUGUGGCCCCAACACUUGUCAUAACCAGACCAAAGGUUCUGACUUGUGUGAAGAAGAGAACAUCAUAGCAAAUCCCAAUUUUGAGGACGGCCUUAAUAACUGGUCGGGAAGAGGCUGCAAGAUUGUUUUGCAUGACUCGAUGGCAGAUGGCAAAGUUGUUCCACAAUCCGGGAAGUUCUUUGCAUCUGCUACAGAGCGCACUCAAACUUGGAAUGGCAUUCAGCAGGAGAUAACUGGAAAAGUUAAUCGAAAGCUUGCUUAUGAGGUUGAUGCAGUUGUCCGGCUGUUUGGUAAUGGUGCCACCAGUGCAGAACUCCGAGCCACAUUAUGGGUUCAGUCAGCAGAUCAGCGAGAACAGUAUAUAGGGAUUGCCAAAGUGCAGGCUACAGACAAAGAUUGGGUGCAGAUGCAAGGGAAAUUUCUAAUAAAUGGUUCUCCAUCUCGAGUGGUUAUAUUUUUGGAAGGUCCAUCUCCAGGCAUCGACAUACUCCUCAAUAGCUUGGUGGUAAAACAUGCGGCAAAAGUACCUCCUUCUCCUGCUCCCAUAAUUGCGGAUGCAGCUUUUGGUGUCAAUAUAAUUGCUAACAGCAACCUUACUGAUGGAACAAAUGGAUGGUUUCCACUUGGAAACUGCAACCUUAGCGUUGGAACUGGCUCUCCACAUAUACUUCCUCCCAUGGCUAGUGAAUCCCUUGGAGCUCAUCAGCCUUUAAGUGGUCGAUACAUUCUUGUGAAAAACCGCACCCAAAUAUGGAUGGGACCAGCUCAGAUGAUAACAGACAAGGUGAAACUCUAUCUAACAUAUCAGGUAUCCGCAUGGGUUCGAAUUGGUCCUGGGGCUUCUAGUCCUCAGAAUGUGAAUGUUGCUCUUAACGUGGAUGAUCAAUGGGUUAAUGGAGGACAAGCUGAAAUUGCGGAUGAUAGAUGGCAUGAAAUUGGAGGAUCUUUUCGGAUUGAAAAACAACCAGCUAAAGUAAUGGUUUACGUUCAGGGUCCUGCUUCUGGUAUUGACUUGAUGGUUGCUGGACUGCAAAUCUUUCCAGUUGAUAGGCAGGCUAGGUUCAGAUGCUUACGAAGACAAACAGAUAAGAUACGGAAACGUGACGUCGUCUUGAAAAUAUCAGCAGCAGAUUCAGGCAGUUUACUUGGCACAUUAGUAAGAGUCAAACAAACUCAAAACAGCUUCCCAUUUGGCUCAUGUUUGGCGAGGGAAAACAUUGACAAUGAGGACUUCACGAAUUUCUUCGUUAAAAAUUUCAAUUGGGCUGUCUUUGGGAACGAAUUGAAGUGGUACUGGACAGAAGCACAGCAAGGGAACUUGAACUACAAAGAUGCCGAUGAACUCCUGAACUUUUGCAUGAGCCAUAAUAUUCAAGUCCGGGGGCACUGCAUCUUCUGGGAGGUUGUGGAUGCUGUUCAACAGUGGGUACGCAAUUUGAACCAAACUGACUUGAUGACUGCUGUUCAAAACCGUCUGACAGGUCUCCUCACACGCUACAAGGGAAAAUUCCCACACUAUGAUGUAAACAAUGAAAUGCUGCAUGGUUCAUUCUAUCAAGAUAGACUAGGUAAAGAUAUCCGGGCCAACAUGUUCAAGACUGCAAACCAACUAGAUCCAUCAGCUAUUCUGUUUGUGAAUGAUUACCACGUUGAGGACGGCAGUGACACCAGGUCCUACCCUGAAAAGUAUAUGGAGCACAUACUUGAUCUCCAAAAACAGGGUGCACCUGUUGGAGGCAUAGGUAUCCAGGGGCAUAUAGACAGUCCAGUAGGACCUAUUGUGCGCUCUGCUCUAAACAAGUUGGGCGUGCUCGGUCUACCAAUCUGGUUCACUGAACUCGACGUGUCUUCUGCCAAUGAGCACAUUAGAGCCGAUGAUUUGGAAGUUAUGCUUCGAGAAGCUUUCGCUCAUCCAGCAGUAGAAGGUAUUAUGUUGUGGGGAUUCUGGGAGCUGUACAUGAGCAGAGAAAACUCGCAUCUCGUGAAUGCAGAAGGUGAUCUCAAUGAAGCUGGUCGAAGAUACCUCGCUCUUAGGGAUGAAUGGCUAACUCAUGCUCAUGGCCACAUUGAUGGACAGGGGCAAUUCUGCUUCAGAGGAUUCCAGGGUUCCUAUGAGAUGGAAAUUGUUAAUGAAAAAUCAAAAGUUACCAAGACCUUUGUAGUUGACAAGGGUGAAGAUCCACUGGAAAUCGCCAUAAGUCUGUAAAGUUCUCUCUCACUGAAACGCCUUGUAUUUAUCUUACAGUGUAUAUGAGUGUGAAAAAAAGAAAAACCGUAUAUAAAGAAAAAUCAUGAAAAUAAUACUGUGUAUCUGAAUUGUAAAGACUGAUAUAUUUCUUCAAGCUUGAAAGCAAUUAAAGGCAUGAAAAAAGUUGAUGAUUUUUCUUCUGGAGUAUUUUAUUGAGCUCUUUGUUGAUUUCUUUGCCAUGGUUUCUAAUCAAAAUGGUCUAUCGGCAAAGUAGCCUACAACAAGGGUAGAAGAAACUAUUGAAUAAGUGAAACCCUUAACCUGAAGUAGUAAAUAUAAUUUUUAAUUUAUACGAAGGGAUGCAUGUUCUUCUUCAAUUCGUUAGUUAACCAGCUUUUCAC